UGCAAAUUCACUUGGUAAAACAUUGUCUUAAACUCUCUAUAACUAUAGUAACUUGAAGUGAUCGAAAGGAAAGUACUCUAGUUUAAGGAAAAGAAUAGUUUCAAGCUUUGGAUCCUCUUUCGCAAGCACAAACGCAAGACACCGCAAUGGUCUUGCCGUCGCAUCGGGAAGAGCCGGCGACGGAGAUCUGCUGUCAGCGUACAUCGUCAGUUUGUGCGUCGAUGCUAUCUGGAAUAGCUAGUCCACAGCAGCCUUGUCUAUCGCGCCUCCUCCUCCUUUUCCUUUUCCUGGGGACAAGCAUUGAAUCUAAAUGCCUUGUUCUGGCGGCUUCAGGGGACAGUAGUUCUCAGGAGCCGUUGUGGUCGUUCGUAGACCCUUUGAUCGGUACUGUCGGUCCACGCGCUGGUUCCGCGAUCGCAGGCGGAAAUUCGUUCCCUGGUGCUAGUCUACCGUGGGCGAUGGCAAAGCCUGGAAUCGACACGAGCUUCAUCGGACUUCCAAAUGGUAGUGCAGUGGACGCCAAUGCUGGAUACACACCUUUGGGCAACGUGACGGCUGUAAGCAUGACCCACGUUAGCGGAUCUGGGGGAGUACCAACGUACGGCUUGAUAUCGCAGAUGCCUCUCCUUGGUAAUCUAGCCUCCGUCAACCUCGCCGACAAUAUGACCUAUGCUCAAAAUCGUAGUCUUGACUCAGAAUAUGCGACUGUUGGUCUAUUCACUACGACUCUACAAAAUGGAGUCAAGAUCGAAAUUACUUCUGGCAAUCACACAGGAUUCAUGCGAUAUACAUUCCCUCAACUGGAAGUGCUUUCGAACCGUUCAUCUACCUUUCGUGGUGAUUCAAUGAUGCCAAAGGCCGGCACAAUCAAUGGAAACGAUGCGCACGUACUUGUAGACCUCACACAUGUACUUCCAGCCUACUCUUCAAUGGCUUACUCGCAAAAGUUCCUGCGCGGGGAGCUGCAUGUUCCGUCUUCUUCCAACGCGUUGCCGUCAUACCAUGGCUCUGCAUCCUACACGGGCGGCUGGCCACAGCCCGAUUCUCACACGAUCCACUUUUGCGGGAACUUCAGUGUCCCUGCAGACUCCAUGUUAACCCCAACGUCAGACUAUGUACAGGGAGGGCACUCGGGUAUCGCCUCUGGUACUAGUACCUUUAGCUGGCAAUACAACCCUUUUUCGCCACCGACAACUCGGCCGGUCCCAAGGGGAUAUCCUGAUGUACUAUCCUACGCUGGGAGCGGAAUGGGCCUUGGUGCUCUGUUCAGCUGGUCGCCAACAGAGGCACGAGUGAACGGUACCCUUACCCUUGAAGCCAGACUGGGCAUCUCGUACAUUAGUGCUGCCCAGGCAUGUUCGCACGUGGAAAACGAGCUUCCUUAUACAAAAUCUUUCGAGAACGUAGUAGAGCAAGCAAGGCAAGAAUGGGAGGCUAAGGUGCUAAGCAAGAUACGAAUCGGAAACGAUGGCGACGCGACAAGCAACAAUGCGACGCUGAAGCGGAUGUUGUAUUCGGCCCUGUAUCAGACAGGUCUGAUGCCAACCGACAAAACGGGUGAAAACCCUGUGUGGGAGUCAAAUGAGUCUAAACCAUACUAUGACGACCACUACACACUGUGGGACACGUACCGGACCCUGUUACCCUUGUAUCACCUAAUCUUCACAAAAACGUACUCCCGCGUUCUAUCUGGGCUUAUCUCAAUUUUCACCGAAGAGGGCUACCUACCCGCUGGCCGUGCGGCGAACUGGAAUGGCCGGGUUCAAGGUGGCACGCACGCAGACAUCGUCUUAGCCGAUGCUUUCGUAAAAAGCAUUCGUGCAUUGAACGGUGAGACAGGUCGCGGCGAGCUCGACGGUACAAUCGAUUGGCAGGAAGCCUACAGAGCGGUGAUGAAAGAUGCAAGUGCAAUGCCUGGGCGCAAUGUUGAUCCGGUAGCAUUUGACGGGGCCACCAAGGAAGGAAGAGGAGCAUUGGAUGACUAUCUCUCACUCGGCUUCAUCACGCGCAAUCAUACCCGCAGCAUCUCUCGUGGCGUCGAGUACCCGCAGAACGAUUUCGCAAUCUACAGUAUGGCGCAAGGACUUGACAAGCCUCAAGAAAUGGUCGAUCGCAUGCGCGAUCGAGCGAGCUGGUGGCAGAACCAAUGGAAUCCAACGGCGAACACAUCCCUUGAUGGCAUUGGGACAUUCACAGGCUUUCCAGGCGCUAGAAACGCGGACGGCACGUGGAACUUCACUGCCUAUGACCCAUUGGGUUGCGGAACUUGCGGAUGGGACGCUGACAUAUACGAGGCUAAGGUUUGGGAGACUGCAUUCAGUGUCGCCCCGCACGACAUGGCCAAAGUAAUUGAUCUAAUGGGCGGCGAUGAGGCUCUAGUUCUUCGACUGGACGCCAGUUUCGUCCCAGGUUUCGGUACAUCAGUUGGCGCGAAUAACGAUGCCGGCUCCGCCCUCUUCAACCCUGGCAAUGAACCGUCAUUCGCGACGCCGUUUCUCUAUAACUAUAUCCCUGGGAUGCAUUGGAAGACAGUCAAUCAGACACGAGCGACGGUUGACGCCUUCUACAGCGACGCGCACAAUGGGUACCCGGGAAACAUUGACGGUGGCGCGCUACCCAGCUGGCUGAUCUUCAAUCUUGUUGGGAUUUACCCUGUGCCCGGUCAACCACUUUAUCUCCUCUCUGCCCCACGCUUCUCGUCGCUAAAUAUCUCACUCUUCAGCGAAACAUCGGUAGAGACUUUCUUGACCGUGUUGGCGCGCAAUAUGUCGAGCACGAGCUAUUACCCGCAAAAAGUCACUUGGAAUGGGGAAGAGCUCGACCGAGCUUGGCUGAAGCAUAAAGAGAUUGCACAGGGAGGCGAGCUUGUUUUCUACAUGGGUGAGGAGCCUACAAGAUGGGAUGUUGGUGAGCGGCCUUGGUCUCUAUCGGCAUGGCUGUGAUUGUAACCGCUGGAAUAAGAUGGCUUGCAGUAUGAACUGUGAUAGCUUUGUCUCUCUCCUACUCGCUCAGAGGUCGAGAUCGAAAUGGUUAGAGAAUAUGAGCUGUUUUAUGAUUGGGAAAAGUCAGUGAGCAUGGAGAAGAUAUUCACAGCUGGCUACAAAUUUGUCCAAGCGUGGGUACUGAGUAACAACGGAUUUAACAUUGGGGAUUACAUUUAAGGCCAAAGCCGCUCUCCAGAUUGGACUUUAAUAUACUCCCUAACCAACU